AUGAGUAGGAGUCGACGGGGAGCUGGCCCUUUCAGGGCCAAUGGCGCACCUAUUCCAGACUCAUUAUCCUUGAUCCGAUCAUUCAAUAUUGAAACCAAUCCCACUCGACCAGUACGACCUUCUCCCCUCACAGCUUCGACAAUCCCGGAUAUGCCACUCGACCUUCUCGAUCGAAUACGCUCCUUUCCUCUUUUCCUUUCGGCUCCUGAUUCAUUCCUUGCGGCAAUCGGAAAACAUCUUCGUCCGCAGGUUCAUUCACCUCAUGAUCAUAUAUUGACCGAAGGAGAUGAUGCAAAAGCAAUGUACUGGUUGGUACGUGGGGCUGUUGCGGUCACAUCCCGAGAUGGAGAAGCUACAUACGCAGAGUUAAGGCCUGGUGCUUUCUUUGGUGAAAUUGGAAUUUUAAUGGAUGUACCUCGGACUGCGACAAUUAUAGCAAGAACGAAGUGUUUAUUGGUGGUGUUGAAGAAAGAAGAUUUGAGAGCUGAGCUCCCAAACUUUCCAGAGAUGAAACAAGCGAUUAUGGAAGAGGCACAAGAGAGAUUGACUAUUCUUAAUAAAAAGAGAAGGGAAGGUGGGUUUGGCCCAAAACUGGUUUCAACUGAGCUUGUUUCCAGAGGUGGAAAGCUUGCACGAGAAGCUGCGCCAGGUGAAGUUUCUACUGGCGAGGUAGGGGUCAUCGAGAAUGGAACGGUCAUCAAUAAGAAAAAGCGAAAAUCUCCAAGUCCAGGCAUAAUCGAUGAUCCUUCGGUUGGCAGUGCGCUGGGUAGUGGAUUGGUUAAUGUCAGGAAAACACUCAAGGAGUUACCUUUAUUCUCAACUUUACCGCCAGAAAUACUUCACUUUCUUGGUUUGAGUGCCACGCCAAAGGCAUACCCACCAUUUACGGAUAUCAUCGUACAAGGUUCGACUGGCAAUGAGAUUUAUUUCAUUGUGAGAGGUGAAGCAGAAGUCAUACACGAAAGUUCCAAUGGACAUAAUGGACAAGUACCUCAAGGAUCAAAUGGAUCAUACAUAAGACCAAGAUUAAAAGCUGGGCAAUAUUUUGGCGAAGUUGUCAGUCUGUCUUUAGCACCGCGGAGGACAGCGACUGUACGCUCCAUCACCUCUGUAGAAUGUCUGAUGAUUAGUGGGGAAGUGCUUGAAGAAUUAUGGAGAAGAUGUUCACCAGAUAUACGGAAACAAGUAGAGGUAACAGCAAAAACUCGAAUUGGAAGACCUGAAGACGAAGAUGUCAUUAUGAGUGACGCCAAUUCCCCAGCUAUCAACGAUCUUACCAUUAAUAACGGCCGUCCUAAACAUCAGAGAAGGAAAACAUUACCGCAAGUCACAUUCACUCCUUCGAAACCUGCAAGUCCUCAUAAGCCUAGUCGUGUUGAGGAUAAUGGGGCAGUGAUGGAACCUUUAGAUCCAGAUCCUUUCCUUAGUGUGGAUAUGGAUAAUAUGAGGGCGAGAUCACGAAGAGGUUCAUGGGCACCUCCUCCUCCUGAAACUCCACCGCCGGAUGAUAGAUCCUCUGGUCCGAGAACUAGAUCUAGAUCUCAAACGCCAACACCUGUUAAACUAUCACAUACAAUCACUCCCCCAGAAUCAGCUUUCCGACCAAAAAGGCCUAAAAUUUUCGAAAGGCGCCCAAGUCAAUUUAGCCAGGUCUGGGACAUUACUGCCAAUGCUGUUUUAGAAAUGGCCAACAGCGCCAAAGAACUCGAAGAAAUAGACCUCUCCAACUGUCGCAAGGUAUCGGAUAAUCUUCUAGCCCGCAUCGUCGGUUGGGUCGUAACCGAACCCAUCGCUCCUCAAGCUUCCCUUCGUCAAAAAGCAGGAACGUUCAUCCCACCAGUCGGAACUGUCGUCGGAUGUUCAAAUCUAAAACGUCUCACCCUGUCGUAUUGUAAACAUGUUACCGAUCGAUCAAUGGCGCAUCUUGCAGUUCAUGCGCAUCAAAGAUUACAGAGUAUCGAUCUCACAAGAUGUACGACGAUUACCGAUAAUGGAUUUCAGCAUUGGAGUAUUUACAAAUUUGCUAGAUUGGAGAAGUUGAUUUUGGCGGAUUGCACAUAUUUGACUGAUAAUGCUAUUGUUUACUUAACGAAUGCGGCGAAGGGGUUGAAAGAAUUAGAUUUGUCAUUCUGUUGCGCCCUUUCCGAUACAGCAACCGAAGUCCUAAGUCUCGGCUGCCCUCUUCUUCAAUCACUCAAACUCUCAUUUUGUGGCUCCGCCGUCUCAGACUCCUCACUUCGAUCCAUAGGUCUCCAUCUUCUUGAAUUAAAAGAACUUUCAGUUCGAGGUUGUGUAAGAGUUACAGGAGUAGGUGUAGAAGCCGUAGUGGAAGGUUGUAGCAAACUUGAAAUUUUCGACGUCAGUCAGUGUAAAAAUUUAAAGAAUUGGUUAGAUAGUGGUGGAAUAGAAAGGUGGGCGUCGAGAUGGAGUUCUUUACGGACAACUACGACGGGUAGAAGGAGUAUGAGGGGUGCUGCUGCUGCUGCUGCUACUGUGGUUAAAAGUCCAGUACCGAGGAUGGGAAAGGGAAAUUUGGUUUUUUGGGUCGAGAAGAGGAGUGGUCCUGGGGUGGGCUUACGAUGA